AUUGGACCAUAUAUGCAUCUUGGUCUGUUUGUUUGAUUUAAAACUGGUAGAACCCUGUAGAACCUAAUUCAAUACGAAAUGUUAAAAUUACUUAUUACUGUUCCUAAUAUAAAAUAUAUUGUGCAAUUUCGAGGACUGCAUUGUACCCUGGGAAAAUGGUCAAGUUAUAAAAAGCAAGGAAAAGUUCUCAACAAAUUGAUGUAUGGCUCGGAAAAAAACAAGCGGAAAUGGUUCGGUGAGAGGAACUCCAAAACUGUUUUUCCAUCUCCAAUAUCGUUAGCAUCUACCAGAGGACAAGGACAAGAAUCAUCCAGGAGACUGACCGUCUUGAAUAAAUUAUUCAUGGAGCACAUUACCGAUUUGAUGGUCACUGGGGAGUACGCCGAAGAAUUAGUUGGAUACGGUAUACAAAUUUCCCGUGUCCGAAUCAAUACGGACUUCCACGGUGUAAACGUUUUCUGGUUCGGAAAAGAUAGUACCCAGGACAUGGAGGUUGGACGGCUUUUGAAACGCGUGGCUGGUGGUAUACGGCACGAACUUUCGCAAUUGCGGCUUAUUGGCCAAGUGCCGAAACUUGCCUUUAUGAAAGACAAAACAUAUGGACUCGGUACUGAAGUAGAUAGCGUCCUGCGCCAUUUAGAUUUUGGAAAAGAUGUAUUCACAAAUCGCACGCUGAUUGGAAAAAAUGAAUUUGAACUUCAAACCAAAUUAUCCCAUGAAGUGCGAGAGGAGAUUGGUCAAUUGGACAUUGAAACACCUAUCUUUUGGGAUGAGCCUCUGCCCAACAUGCGUCACGAUGUGCUUGGUUUAAACCACGCUUUAAUCAUUAAUAAAAUCAAACGAUCCCUAAGCAAAACAAAAGCCGCAUGGGUUCAGUACAGUAACAAAGAAAGAAGAACAAGAUAUAAAAAUGUUGAAAUCGAUUUCUCUGAAAUCUAAUAAAGACUUUAACCUAAGCGAGAUGGAAUCUGACGAAACGUUAAAAAAGAAAUAAGACCGCCAGAAAUUUGAAAGGACUUAAUAUGAGUGAAAAGCUUGAGAGCAGGAUAAUCUUGAACAUAAAGAGUGAAAUGAUAGCCUUUCGAUACAACUUUGUUGUACGAGAUAGGAUAGAUCAAAAUAAGUGACAGGCUAUAAUAUUUUUUUAAUGCUAUAAAAACGUAAUAAAUUUCCACACAGUUCCCGAUAAAAAAAAUUGUACCCAAUAUGAACUUAAUAAAAACAAAUGAAACAUAGGUAAGUGACGAUUUUUUGCAAUACAAUUUUUGCUGUUAUUUGUUAUACAA